AUGACUGGCGUGAAGGGAUCACCGUACCUGCACAACUUCUCCAACAUCAGAUAUGGUGAACCUCCGAUAGGGGAUCUUCGAUUCGCGAAAUCUGUUGCUCCCAAAGGACGCAACGUCACAAUAGAUAAAGGGGAUGUUGGGCGUAUUUGUCCCCAGGCGAUGGCCGCUUGGGAACUGUACACUUCGUUCACAGGACCAGACUUCUUGAGUGGGAAACAGAAGACUGUCUUUCUCGAUGUUGUCACUCCCAUCGAGACUUUCGAGAGUCCAUUGAAGAAACUGGCGCCGGUCAUAUUCUGGCUUUCGGGAGGUGGAUAUAUGACAGGUGAAAAGGGCUGGUUUGACCCUGCGGGUCUCAUCAAGGCGAGCUAUGCAUCGAGUUCGGAAGGCUUGGUCUUUGUUUCUGCGAACUAUCGACUUGGUGCUCUUGGAUGGCUUGCUGGAUCGAAAUUGGACCCCGAGACGAUGGUAGCAAAUGCGGCACUUUACAACCAGCGACUGGCACUCGAGUGGAUACAAGAGAACAUCCAUCAGUUCGGCGGUGAUCCAGCUCGUGUGACUAUCAUGGGCGAGUCAGCUGGAGGCGCCAGUAUUUAUCAUCACCUGAUCGCUUUUGGAGGCAAGGAUAGGUCAACACUCUUCCAGCGGGCGAUUCCCCAAAGUACUGGCUGGGUUCAUAUCGCGAAUGACAGACUCGAGAAUGAUGUGAUCAACAAGUUCCUCGCUCUUGCAAAUGUUCCAGAUCUGGAAGCGGCUAGAAAACUGUCAACUGAAGAGAUUCAAGAGGCUAACAGGCUUCUGAUCUCAAACUCUGCUUGGGGAUCAAGUACGACAGGUCCAUUUGUCGAUGGGCUGUACGUGCCAAAAAACCCCGAUAAGCUGUUUGCAGAAGGGAGGCGUAUACAGAAUGUAGAUCUGUCGAUUGGAUUCAACGAAGUUGAAGGACUGAUCUUCACAUCUCCAGAGUCGAAUGACAAUGCCGGGUAUCGCAAGUUUCUGGAGUCGACAUACUCUAACACCAGUCCUGAGACACUUGACCACAUCGAGACGACACUCUACCCGCCAGUCUUUGGCGGUAGCUACGGGUACACCAAUCAAACGGGUCGUGCCUCCAUCACCAAGGCCGAGUCGGAGUUCACCUGCAAGUACGGAUUCCUGCAGGCGGCGUAUGGAAACAAGGCCAAGAGUUACCGCUUCAACGUCCACCCCGGUCUUCACGGCAGUGAAAUGCACUAUACCUUUUACAAUGGUCCGGACCGGAAUCCAGAGGUUGACGAAGGCAUUGCUGUCGGGUUUCAAGAGCUUCUGACGAGUUUUGCGGCGACUGGAAACGCGACUUCGCUGGCCGCUCCUCAGGGGGUACGGAAGAGAGGCGUAUGCUUUACAUCGAUAAUGAGGGCUUCGGGAUCGCGACGGAUGAGACUGUUCCUGAUCGCUGUAAGUUCUGGCAGAGUGGGAUUUACCUGUGAGUUUGUAUAG